AUGUCCUACCCGACGCGACCGAUAUCCUCGCAUAUGCGCGCACCGAGUGCUUCAGCAUCUUCAAGCGGACAAUCACCAGCACUAUUAGCGCGGAUCGAAGAAAAGAAGGCCGAACUCGAAAAUCUUAAAGAGCUCCGAGAGCUCAGCGCUGCGGUCGCAACACAAAUGGAAGCUUUGGAACAAAAGCUCUCAACACUAUCUGAUGGGACAGAAGCAAUUGCGGCGGUCGUUGGCAACUGGCAUAAUGUUCUACGUGCCAUCAACAUGGCUUCUUCCAAACUCGCAAAAACAGCAGCAGACCCUACACAAGCAUCUGAAGAUUCGGCGGGGCCACUUCCUCAGACUCUAGUUCGAAUCCCAACAGAACAUGCGCCAGCAUUACAGGCUCAGGCAGAGGCCGCUGAAGCUGCCGCCGAAGAAGAGCAGUCAUGA